CCACAUCGGCGUGCGUAACGUGAUGACGUCAGCUUAGUGUGCCAUCAACCUCAGUGGAAGCCAGAACACAGGUUGUCGUCCCACUUACAGCAGACUCCUCUUCAUCAUGGCAUGGAGAAGCGCUGUGGGUCGUCUCUUGGUGAACCCUCACCGAUGCGCCUUCCUCUCCGCCUCCAGAGCACAGGGCACCGCAGCGGCCGCCGGUCGGGAUGCUGAGAAGGUCGAGCCCAAGUCUAAAACGCCAAAGGUCCAGUUCAACUGGCGUGACGGCCUGGACCUGGAGAGCCUUCUGACGGAGGAGGAGAUCAUGAUCAGGGACUCCUUCCGGACCUACUGCCAAGAGAAGCUCAUGCCUCGCAUUCUCAUGGCAAACAGAAACGAAGUGUUCCACAGAGACAUUGUGUCUGAGAUGGGCGAGCUGGGGGUCCUGGGCCCCACCAUUAAAGGUUACGGCUGUGCCGGCACGAGCUACGUGGCCUACGGUCUGAUCGCCCGGGAGGUGGAGAGCGUGGACAGCGGCUACCGCUCCGUCAUGAGCGUGCAGUCGUCGCUCGUCAUGCACCCCAUCAACGCCUACGGCACGGAGGAGCAGAAACAGAAGUACCUCCCCCGGCUGGCUCGCGGUGAGAUCCUGGGUUGCUUUGGCUUGACUGAGCCAAACCACGGCAGCGACCCGGGCGGCAUUGAGACCAGAGCCACGUUCAAUCCAUCCAGUCGCACCUACUCUCUCACCGGCACCAAGACCUGGAUCACCAACUCCCCCGUGGCGGACAUCGCCGUCGUCUGGGCCAAAUGCGACGACGGGAAGAUCCGCGGCUUCGUCCUGGAGCGCGGCAUGAAGGGCCUGACCACGCCCAAGAUCGAAGGGAAGUUCUCCCUGAGGGCCUCGACCACCGGCAUGAUCGUCAUGGACGAGGUGGAGGUGCCCGAGGAGAACCUGCUGCCCAACGUCUCGGGCCUCGCGGGUCCUUUCGGCUGCUUGAACAACGCUCGCUACGGCAUCGCCUGGGGCGCGCUGGGCGCCGCCGAGUUCUGUUUCCACACAGCUCGGCAGUACACGCUCGACAGGAUCCAGUUCGGCGUGCCGCUGGCGAGGAACCAGCUGAUACAGAAGAAAAUGGCCGACAUGCUGACGGAGAUCACCAUCGGCCUGCAGGCUUGUCUGCAGCUGGGAAGACUCAUCGAUGCCAACAGGGCGGCCCCAGAGAUGAUCUCCAUGCUGAAGAGGAACAGCUGCGGCAAAGCCCUGGACAUCGCCCGGCAGGCCAGAGACAUGCUGGGCGGAAACGGCAUCUCCGACGAGUACCACGUCAUCCGCCACGUCAUGAACCUGGAGGCCGUCAACACGUACGAAGGUACCCAUGACAUCCACGCCCUGAUCCUGGGCAGAGCCAUCACGGGCCUGCAGUCCUUCACUGUGGGCAAAUAGAUCCCACGGCGAGGAACUCGCACGGCGACUCAGGAGUUCCCACCUGUACAGUGACUGUUUCCACCUGGAGAAUAUAUACGUAUAUAAUUGAGUGCUUUUAUUUUUGAGAGCAAGAACAAGUCGUGACUUCAGUGUCUGAACCUCGUGAAGUGUGACGCGCUCAGAAGUGGAUGUUUUUUGUAAUCCUAAAGAGGAAAAAAAAAGGGCUAUUUUUCUACUCUCGAUCGCAACACUGUCCUAAAAUCCCCCUCGUGUCGACGAAAUGAAAUGAAUUGUAUGGAUGACGGUUUCUGAACGAGGUAAAGGUCUAGAUCUGCAGCUGGUUGACGCUGUCGUAACGAGGAGAACGCAUCAGUCCACCGACUGGUUUUAAAAUGCACGAAAAAAGUUAGUAUCUGUUCUGAGAGAACAUCGAUCAGUUGGACUGAGUGUGUGUCACUAAGGGGUCAAGUGUGGAGAUCAGAGCUUAAAUAAAUCAAAUGUAUUUAAGUUUAAUGACUGUUUAAUGUGGUAAGUCACACCCCUCUCCAGCUGUUAUUUCACUCUCAGCAUGACAGGCAUAUCAGGGUGUGAGAUCAUUUGAGACCUUUUGGGCCUUAAAAACUUCUUGUAAUUCAUUAGAUGCUGUGAUCAUAUUUGAUUCCCUCCAUCUCCAGGACAACGGUCCUCGCCUGUUGAUUCAUUAAAGUUGUUACAAAGUCA